ACAGAAAAUCAGUAAUCGCAAGGAUUUGGGUUGUCUCAUUAUACAUGCUAAGUAGUGGAGAGAAUUCGAGUUCUUAAAAUUUUAACUCCAGAAUUCAUUUGCGAGAGGAGCCCUACCGCGUCGUCAUCGUCGUCCCCCUCCCCGCAAUCAGAUCAGACCUGAAGUACUUUGCGGAGGCCCGUUUGAGGCCACGAGAGCUGGGCUCGCCUUGCGCAGCCGCAGUAGCAGGCCGCGUACAAAGGUCCCGGCCUUGCGCAGCCGCAGUAACGGGCUGAGCAAACGGCAACGGUCACAGCUCUCUGCUUUUGAGCUUGUAAGGCUGCCUGCUGCUUUCUUCCUCUCUCUCUUCUUUCACCUCUCGAGUGAGUAGCCAUGAGCUGGGCUGUGCGAAUGCAGCAGGCCAGGCAGAGAGUGGGCGCUGUGAGACUGAAUUGCCUGUGCCCGGGAAUGGUGUUGAGUCCCUGCCAGCCGGCAGGCAUCGCCCACAGGGGCACCUGGCCCAUCGCCCCCGCGUCCAAGAUGGCUACGGUCAAGUGUGAGCUUAUGAAGAAUUUCCCCUCAGAGGAGCCCGUUCGUUGCAAUAAGAUCUCCAUUGUAGGAGCUGGAUCGGUUGGCAUGGCCUGUGCUAUCAGCAUCCUGUUAAAAGGCCUGAGUGAUGAACUUGCCUUGGUGGAUGUUGAUGGAGGCAGACUGAAGGGUGAGACAGCGGAUCUUCAGCAUGGCAGCCAUUUUGUGAGAAUGCCCAAUAUUAUUUCCAGCGAAGAUUACCUUGUCACUGCAAACUCCAACCUCGUGAUUAUCACAGCAGGUGCACGCCAGGAAAAAGGAGAAACACGCCUUAAUUUAGUCCAGCGAAAUUUCGCCAUCUUUAAGUUAAUAAUUUCCAGUAUUGUUCAGUACAGUCCGCGCUGCAAACUGAUUGUUGUUUCCAAUCCAGUGGAUAUCUUAACUUACGUAGCCUGGAAGUUGAGUGGAUUUCCCCAAAACCGUAUUAUUGGAAGUGGUUGUAAUCUGGACACUGCCCGUUUCCGUUUCUUCAUCGGGCAGAGGCUUGGUAUCCAUCCUGAAAGCUGUCAUGGGUGGAUCCUUGGAGAGCAUGGAGACUCAAGUGUUCCUGUGUGGAGUGGAGUGAACAUCGCUGGUGUCCCUCUGAAGGAUCUGAACGUAGAUAUAGGAACUGAUAAAGAUCCUGAGCAGUGGAAAAAUGUGCACAAAGAUGUGGUUGCUAGCGCCUAUGAGAUUAUUAAAACGAAAGGUUAUACUUCUUGGGCCAUUGGCCUGUCUGUAGCUGACUUAACAGAAAGUAUUGUGAAGAAUCUUCGGAGAGUGCAUCCGGUUUCCACCAGAAUUAAGGGUCUCUAUGGAAUAAAUGAAGAAGUAUUCCUCAGUGUUCCUUGUAUCCUGGGAGGGAGUGGUAUUACCAACCUUAUAAAAGUAAAGUUGGCCCCUGAAGAAGAGACCCAUCUGCAGAAGAGUGCAAAAACACUUUGGGAAAUUCAAAAGGAGCUUAAGUUUUAAAGUUGUUUAAAACUACCAUUCUGAAGUUAUUGAAGAAAAGAGAGUAGUUAUGGAGUUGUGUAUGUCCAGUUUUUGAAUAAACUUGAAUUCCUAAAAGUUGGAAACAGGGAAGUGGGUAGAGUGACUCCCCUAUUUAUUUAGACCCCCCCCCCAGCUCUUUUAUUUAGCAUCCAGAUGCUGAAUUAUACUUUUUUUUUUAAACAAUUCCUAAGUGACUGCAUCAAAGAAGGUGUUUUCGUACCACUGAUGUACCGGUCCUCACCCUGUGUAUGUGUGUGUAUAGUUGCCACUUGUCCAAAAAAAUGUAGGAUGUGGGUGUUUGUUGUGUUACAGAAAUUCUGAUUCUUUUCAUUAAGUACAGGUUCAUUCUUUUGUUCUGGGUGACUUAUACCUAUGUUCAUUUAUAUACUAUUUUUUUGACGUUGUAACUUCCUAUACAAUGUGAAA